AUGACGGAUGUGGUACUGCAUAUAUACGAUGUGACGAAUAGUGGAUCGGAGAAAACCAAUAACACCAUUGUUCAGAUCAACAAGAUCUUCAAGGAUGGGAUUGGUCUCGGUGGCAUUUUCCACAGCGCCGUGCAGGUUUAUGGAGAUGAUGAAUGGUCAUUUGGAUUCUGUGAUCAAGGUACUGGAGUUUUUAGUUGCCCUUCUGGAAAGAAUCCAAUGUACACAUAUCGGGAGUCGAUUGUUCUUGGGAAAACAAACUUUUCUAUUUUCAAGGUGAAUCAAAUACUAAGAGAACUGAGUAGAGAGUGGCCAGGGAGUUCAUAUGAUCUGCUGGCCAAAAACUGCAAUCACUUCUGUGAUGAAUUCUGUGAAAGGCUUGGUGUACCAAAACUUCCAGGUUGGGUUAAUAGGUUUGCCAAUGCCGGUGAUACUGCUAUGGAAGUGGCUGGAAAUACUGCAUUACGGUUCCGGCAAGCUAAAACCGAGAUUGUAUCAGCAAGCAAAGUAGCAUACCGGUUCCUCUUAGGUGUUACGAAUAAUGUUACUAAUAACGUUAAGAAUGGUCCCGAGUCCCCUAACAAUUCAAACAGAGGAGGGUCCCCUAGAUUUCAAGCUACUUGGUUGAAAAAUAUGAUCACCAAUGGUGCAAAACCGUCUACCAGUUCUGAAGGUGAGAAUCAGAAUGGAGUUACUCCUCUUCCGCCAAAGCGAGAAGAUGACAAGGCAUUCCUGCACAGUCCAUCUUCACACGAUAGUUGA